GAGUGAUUCACUGGCCACUUGUGUCAAUGUCUCGUCGUUGUGAACCAGAUUUACUUGAUGUAUUUACGUACUAAUAAGGUAAGUUGAAAAGAGGGCGUAGACGGUUUGAUGAGUAGGGGAGGACCGAAGGUGACGGUGAAUGUGCUGUGGAAGGAGUGUGUGUAUGUGUGUGUGUGUGUGUGUGUGUGUGUGUGUGUGUGCGUGCGUACUGUGCAGCAGUUCCGGAAGAAUGAGGAAAAGUUGUCCCAGUGAGUGAACCGCACUCACCAUGAGGACGUUGCUGCCUGUCUUGUGCCUCCUUCUCUCAUCCACUUCUUCACUUGGGUCCAACGUGUGCACGUCGCGAGGAGUCACGACGUGUCAGCAAUGUUUGACAGUUGACCCCAGCUGUGCGUGGUGCUCUCAAGAGACCUUUGGGAUGGGAGGCUCCGGUGUUUUCCGCUGCGAUCUGAAGCAAAACCUGCUGGAUGGCGGCUGCUCCGAGGAAUCCCUGGAGUCACCCGCCAGCACGUUGGCAGUGCUGGAGGACAAGGCACUAAGCGACAAAGCCUCAGGCGCGGGGGAAACCAUUACCCAGAUACAGCCUCAGAAAAUUCGCAUGGUGCUCAGGCCAGGCGAUUCCAUGAGGUUCACCGUCAGCGUGAAACAAGUGGAGGACUACCCAGUGGACCUCUACUACCUGAUGGAUCUUUCUUUCUCCAUGAAGGAUGACUUGGCUCGCCUGCGUACUUUGGGCAACGAGCUGGCCGAGACUAUGGGCAAGACCACCAGUAACCUCCGCAUGGGUUUCGGAGCCUUCGUGGACAAGACUGUGUCGCCCUACAUGUACCUGGCUCCCCCCGAGGCUAUCGAUAACCCUUGCCAUGGGAUUCACGACGACUGUCAGGCCCAGUUUGGCUUCAAACACGUGCUGUCCCUCACGGGUACGGUGGCCCGUUUCACAGAGGAAGUCAAGAAGCAGCAGGUGUCGCGAAACAGAGACGCCCCAGAGGGCGGAUUUGAUGCCAUCAUGCAGGCAGUCGUGUGCAAGGACAAAAUCGGUUGGCGUCCGGAUGCCUCGCAUCUUCUGGUGUUCACCACCGACGCCAAAACGCACAUCGCCCUGGAUGGACGCUUCGCCGGCAUCGUGCAGCCCAAUGAUGGGCAGUGUCACCUGGGUAGUGACAAUGUCUACAACAAAUCCACCCUGCUGGACUAUCCCUCCUUGGCGCUUCUGACGGAGAAAAUGUCAGAAAACAACAUCAACUUGAUUUUUGCCGUGACAGACUACGUGGUGCCGCUCUACAAGGAAUACAGUCAGCUCAUUCCAGGCACCACCGUGGGAAAGCUAUCUGGUGACUCGGGGAAUGUUAUUGAGCUCAUUGAGGCAGCGUACGCGAAAAUCCGCUCUAAAGUGGAGCUGGAGCUUCUGGGGGUUCCGGAGGAGUUGAAUCUGUCUUUCAACGCCACUUGCCUGAACGGUGAAGUCAUCCCCGGUCUCAAGUCUUGCUCGGGCCUCAAGAUCGGCGACACGGUGUCUUUCAAUGUGGAGGCUCAACUGCGAGGCUGCCCAAAGGAGAAGACCCAGACGUUCACCAUCAAACCUUUAGGAUUCAAGGACUCCCUGGAGGUCACAGUGGAUUUUGCGUGCGCGUGCGCCUGCGAGGCCAACGCCGAGGCCGACAGCCCGUCCUGCAGCAACGGCAACGGCACUUAUGAGUGCGGAGUGUGCCAGUGCCACGCCGGGCGGCUGGGCCCUCACUGCGAGUGCUCCUUAGAGGACUACAGCCCAUCUGACGAUGCCAAGUGCGUGCCCAAGCCCGGGAGCCCCGUCUGCAAUGGGCGCGGCGACUGCCUGUGCGGACAGUGCUCGUGUCACAACAGCGACUUUGGCCAAGUGUGGGGCAAACACUGCGAGUGUGACGACUUCAACUGCCUGCGCUUCAAGGGGGCGCUGUGCUCGGGCCACGGCAAGUGCAGCUGCGGUUUCUGCCAGUGCGACGCCGGCUGGGUGGGUGACAACUGCAACUGCACCACGCGCAUCGACACUUGCAUGUCCAGCAUCGGCCUGCUUUGCAGCGGCCGCGGCAGCUGCGAAUGUGGUGCGUGCCAAUGCACGCAGCCGGGGGCCUAUGGCGCCACCUGCGAAAAGUGUCCCACCUGCCCGGACUCGUGCACCAUCAAAAAGGAGUGUGUUGAGUGUCAGCACUUUGUGAGAGGCCAGUACACCAAAGACAAAAGCUGCAGUCGCAUCUGCAAAGAUGAAAUCAGAGUCGUGACCCAACUCGAGUUCCUCUCAAAGAAUGCUGUGAACUGCUCGUACAAGGAUGAGAACGACUGCGUGGAGCACUUUCAGUAUUACGAAGACGAAAGUGGCAAAUCCAUCUUGUUUGUGAUUGAAGAGCCAGAAUGUCCGCAGGGUCCUGACACCCUGGUGGUGCUGGCGGCCGUGGCAGGCGCCAUCCUCCUCCUGGGACUGGUGGCGCUCCUCAUCUGGAAGCUGCUGAUCACCAUCCAUGACCGGAGGGAGUACGACAGGUUUGAGAAGGAACGAGCCAAAGCCAGGUGGAACACGGCCAACAAUCCACUGUACAAAGGAGCGACGUCCACCUUCACCAAUGUGGCGUACAGAGGCGCCUCCUCCAGCUGAUUGCAGCGCUCGGGAUUCAACCACACGCCAAAUGUACGCGCCCUGCAGCAAACCAGUUACGACACGCAGCCAGCCACUGAAGCCCAACCAUAUUUAUUGCUGUCUACAAGGACUGAUAGCUUGUACAGUUAAAAAAAGCAACUCUGUUUUUAAAGCGAAAGGCAAUUAAAAAUAAAUCUCAUCACGUCUGCUGUAUGGAUACAGCAUGUAUAAAGUUUGCACUUGUUUGUUUACAAAUGUGUCACAAUGUUCUUUGUGCUGCAUCAGCUCUUUGUUUAAGACCUGUCUGAACUGGUUAAUGGUUUGAAUAAAUACAUUUACUGUAAGUUAUUUUAAAAUGAAAACUGCCAUCCCUAAUUUGCUCAAGAUUUUUUGGUUAGCCGUAAAUGGAGCAUUGUAUGAUGUUUUUUUAAGAAUGUGGGUGUAAAUGCCAAUAAAUGCUUGACAAUGUGAA